UCGUAAUCGUAGUCGUCGUCGUUGUCAUGAGUUGUUUCAAGGAUACGAAACCUUGUGUUUGGGGUCUUUGAGAGGAAGCUUUCUGACUGUGACUAGAUUUGAGAAAUCCUCAGUUUCGCCAUGUGACUUCCAGGACUCUUUGUGAAAGCAGGUGUGAGAAUCAGAUGCAAUCCUGAUCAAUCCUGUGAAGUUGAUGGCUUCCCCUCUGAAGAAAUUCGACUGCUCCUUGCCCUGCAUGCAGCAGUUGAGCCAUAGACCCUGCCCGCUGACAUGCAGAGCUGGUGGUUUUGCAACACCUGCCCUGCAGCGGUCGCCGGCGGUCGGUGGAAAAUUCGAAGACGUGUCAUGCUAACCUUGUUGGCUCGGUCAGACUUGGGUAGAGAGAAGUUGGAGAACAUCCGCCCAAGUCGAACCAUCCGGACCGAACAUCCACACGGACCGGCGGGAGUAGGUAGGACCGGAGGGAGGUGCAAUCAUUUGUAUCUUGCUUCUGAAACAGCUUCCAGGCGUGAACAGAGAUGUUGGUUUGGUUUAGACUUCCAUCGCCACCACGAAGUUGGCCUCGCAGCUUCGAACAGUCAAGCGCCACGCGCAGUAUUCGUUGCUCUGUACAACCAUUUACCUCAAGGAGUGGCGAUGGCGCUCCCGGUCGCUGUGGUCACCGGUGCGAACUCCGGCCUGGGCCUGGCCCUGUCCGUGAAGCUGGCAAAGAGCCACCUGGUGUUGGCGGGCAUGAGGAACUUGACGAAGAAGGACCAGUUGCUGGAAGCGGCGGCCGCCGCGUCGGUGGCGGCCAAUGUGAAGCCGGUGGAGCUGGACGUGAACGUCGAUGCAUCGGUGGAGGGAAGCUUGGCGCCCGCCUUGAAGGAGGCUGGGCGAGUGGAUGUCUUGGUGAACAAUGCUGGCUAUAGCCAGGCAGGCAGCGUGGAGUUUCUGUCCAUGGACGCGGUGAAGGCGCAGUUCGAAACGAACCUCUUCGGUGUGAUCCGGUGUCAGAAAGCAGUGCUGCCCUAUAUGCGAGAACAGAAGAGUGGGAAGAUCAUCAACAUCUCCUCAGUGGGAGGUAUUUGGGGUCAACCCUUCAAUGACGUGUACUGUGCCUCCAAGUUUGCCUUGGAAGGGAUGGUCGAAAGCCAGGCGCCUGUUUUCAAGACCUUCGGCGUCUAUUGCUCCUGUGUAGAGCCGGGCGCCAUCAAGUCAGCCUUCUGGAGCAAUGCGCAGGUGCCGGAGUUUGCUUCGAUGCCGGCGGAGUAUCAGAAGCCUUUGCAGUCAACCAUGGCGGCCUAUGGCAAGUCGGGUGCAGCUGGACAGACCCCUGAGGAGGUGGCCGACAUCAUCAUUGAGAAGAUCGUCCAGGUCGGUGAGCCACCAGUACGCCUGCAGACCAACCCGGCGAUCCAGAAAGUCUUUGAACAGCAGCUGGGACAGAAUCUCUCGGGCUCCGCUGGGCUUCAGAUGUCCACGACGCGCUUUCUGAGUGAUUUGUGAGGAAUGGCAAGUCAUGCAGGGCAGUGGGUGCUUGACUCUUGGCCUGGCCAGCAUUCGGAAACCAGUUGCACUUGUAGAAAGGACACAGCUUGACUGAAUUAUUCCCCAUGGAGAAUGUACCCGGCCCCCACACAGGGCCCUGCGACUUCGCCUGCGACCGCUUUACUGCGACGACCAGUCCGGAGAAAAAGAGACGGCGCUUGUGCCCUCCAUGGGCGCCUCCUCUCCGUGGGCGCUUGGACCAUGUGCCUUUCUUCGUUGGGGAUGUUGCCAUGCUGCCAUGCGCAUGGCAAUAUCAGCUCUGGCUCAUUCCUACCCGCGCACUUGCCUGCUCAAGUCACUCAUGCCAGGGAUCUAU